CUCCCUCUGUUCAUUUUACUUGAUGCCACUAUUUUGAUCCAUUGUGGACAAUUUUACCCCUUAUAUUAUUUUUUUUUUUUUUUUUCUAAAACCCUUCACCUUAAACCCUCUUCAACAAAGACAACAACAUCAUUUCUCUGUCUCUUGCAAUGGACAACAACAACAACAAUGUCUUUAACAACAAUUCUGACAUAUGCCAACAACUCCUCCAACGUUACAGCAAAUCUUCAGCACCACAACAUCAUCACCUUUGUGCUAUUGCAGCUGCCACACGUUCCAUUAUACAAUCUGAAUCUUUACCAAUAACCCCUUUCUCUUACUUUGCUGUUACCAUUUCUACAAUUUCAAAUUCUCAAGAUUCUCUUGACCCACAAGAGUUAUCUGGGGUGUCAUCUUUUUUAGCAAUUGUACUUCCUUUAGUUAAUCAAGAAGAUGUUAGUUUGGAUAAAGUUGUUGAGGCAAUUGGGGUUCUUGUGGGGAUUCUUGAAAAGGGGUUGUUGGAGAGUGAAGGGGUUUUAGGGACUUCUACUGUGAGGGCUUUUGUGAAGUGUUUGGGGAUUUUAGUUGGGUUUUGUGAUAAGGAAGAUUGGGAUUCUGUGAAAGUUGGGUUUGAGAUUCUUGUGAAGUUCUCCAUUGAUAAGAGGCCAAAGGUGAGAAAAUGUGCUCACGACUGUAUUGUGAGUCUUUUCAAGUCAUUUGGUUCAACUGCUGUGGCUAAGAAGGCUGGUAAACGAAUUUACUCCUUGAUAAAAGAGAACACGGCAUUGGCAUUGAAGCUAAGUGCGCUAAAGGAAAUAAGUGGAUCUAAAGAUGAGCAUCAAGAGGUGCUUCACUCUCUCAAUAUCCUGAAGCCUAUUAUCCCGUACCUUACAGUCAAAGACAAUGAGAAGGUACUUGCUCAACUAGUGGAGCUUAUGAGUUCCCAGAGCUCAGCAUUCACAAGACACAUUUUUGAUAAUAUUGGGGCGAUAUUAGAUUCUUCAGGGAUUGAAAUCAUUCUUCCAGAAGCUGACCAAAUUAUAAAAGCUCUUGUAUCAUACAUGUCGUCUGCGGAAAACCCUGCUGACAAUGUAUUGUUUGCCGCAAAUUUAGCAAAAGGCAUCAUUGACAAACUCCAUGACGGCGGAAUGAGUGUUUGGGUUACCUAUUUGCCUUUGGUUGUUGGCUCCAUAUCAGGUCUUCUUACACGUCCAGAAAAUAUCGCUUUACCGGCUUCAAAUAUUUUGAAAGAAUUGAUCAAUGGUCAUAUUGAUGGGAAAAAGUUUUUGACCGCCAAAAAGCAGACAGUGGAUGAUGAGGCUCUCAGUGGUUCUGAAUUUGAAGCAGUUAAAGCUAUUUGUUUAGUCUUUGAAAACAUGCUUCUCAGCUCUUCUGAAUAUCCAAACGAUCAUAUAUUGGCAAUCCUCUCUGUUAUGUUCCUUAAAUUGGGUGAGGUCUUGGACUUCUGUGAGAAGGGUAUAAUACUUAAACUUGCUGAUUGGAUGAUUGUUGCUUCUGGGGGUGCUUAUGAUACAAAAAAUCUUCAGGAGUGCAUAGGAUCAGCUGUUGUUGCUAUGGGACCAGAGAAACUGCUUGCCCUGUUACCCAUCUCCCUGAAUACGAAGGAUUACUCGUUGUCAAACAGUUGGUUGAUUCCUGUUUUAAAUAAAUAUGUAUGUGGAUCAUCACUUGGGUUCUUUCUGAAGCAUGUGGUGCCACUUGCUGUGUCCUUCGAGCAGACAUCAUCAAAAGUUAAAAAAUCAGUAAUUCGAGAAGAACUGCAGGCUUAUGCCCGUGGGUGUUGGGGACUAUUACCUGCCUUUUGCCACUGUCCAUCUGACGUUCACAAGAAGGCCCAAGCUUUGACUACACUUUUGAUUCCUUUUUUAAAGGAGGACUCCUUUAUGCUCGAGUAUAUUUCUGCAGCUUUACAGGAACUGGUGAAUAAGAAUAAAAAUGUGCUUGCAUCUGAUAACUUAUCUGAAGAGCUUAUAGUUCACCAGACGGAGAACAAAAAUCUUGAUUUGGCAUUGGAGUUCAAACGCAGAUGCUCUUACUCAAAGAAGUCUGCUAGCAAAAAUAUUAAGGCUUUGGCAUCGUGCUCUGAGGAAUGGCUCCAGGCUUUAGUAAACGUCUUUUUUGAAUCAUCUCCUGCAAAGUACCAGCAGUUCAAGGAAGCAAUAGAGUGCUUGACAUCCAUCACUGAUUCUUCGUUAACCCAAAGAAUCUUUACCUCUUCAAUGGAGAGAGCCGGGAUUACAAAUGAUAUUGGUGAAUACAGGAAGCUUGGACCUCAUUCAACAGACAACAAAGAAAAUAACUCCACUCUUCUUGAGGAAGUAGCUAAGAGGUGCAUGAUCUUGGAGUUGGGAUCGUGCUUCAUUGAAGGAUCUAACGAGGAUCUCAUUGAAGUCCUCUUUGGUAUCGCUAGGGAUGUUUUGGAGGCUUCUCAUGGAGCUGGUCAUCAUGAAGCAUAUCACAUUCUAAGUAAAAUAUUAGAGAAACAUUCCUGGUUCCGCUCUUCACAUCUUGAGCAGCUGAUGGGUUUAUUCGCUUCUGUGAAGCCUCCAACUGAUACAAAAUCACUUACGAGUCGAUUUGCCUGCUACAAAACCUUGUUGAUUGAUGCAAUUCAGGGUAAUAUGGAUGAGGAAAACACAGAGGCCUUUCUCAUUCUUAAUGAGAUUAUUCUCGCAUUAAAGGAUUCCACAGAAGAAGGUAGAAAGACAGCAUAUGAUGCCCUUAUCGGUGUGUGUUCUAGCUUGAGGGACUCUUCAUCUGCUAAGUCGGACGAAUCUUAUAAGAAGUUUGUUGAUAUGAUUAUAGCUUACCUUUCUGGUUCAUCGCCGCAUAUAAAAAGUGGAGCAGUCUCUGCACUUUCCGUUCUGGUUUAUAGUGAUGCCAAUAUCUGUCUCUCAGUCCCUGAUCUUGUCCCUUCCGUUCUGACAUUGCUGCAGAGCAAAGAUGUCGAGGUUACAAAAGCUGUUCUGGGAUUUGUUAAAGUAUUUGUAUCUAGUAUUAAAGCAAAGGACCUGCAUAAUUUACUCUCAGACAUCGUCAACGGAGUGCUACCUUGGUCAUCUGUGUCGCGCCAUCAUUUUAAAUCAAAGGUCACGGUCAUCGUGGAGAUCUUGAUGAGGAAGUGUGGAGUUGCCGCAGUUAAGUCGGUUGCAUCUGAGAAGUACAAAAAUUUCCUCAAGACAGUCUCAGAGAAUCGUCAUGGCAAGUCGAGCUUUAAAGAAGAUGGCACCGGUGAGAUGGAAUCAACUCCUUCGGAUUCAAGGCAACGUAAAAGGAAGGAUAGAGAAUCUAGUGAUACACUCGAGGAAAAAGAUUCCGGUGGACCUAACCGAAGGAAGAAGAGAAAGGAGGAAGGUGUCAUGGGAGGUAAAACAAGGAAACGAGAGAUGAAAAGGAAGAACAACACAACCGAUGAACCUCAGUUCUCUUCGGGCAGCAGUGCUGGUAGGCAAAGAAAGAGAGAAUUUGGUCAUCGCAAACAGGAAGGUGAUAAAGCACCACCGCAGAAGAGAGAUAACGGAGGCAGACUAAAGAGGGGCUUCCCCGGAAAGGGAAAGAUCGACAGGCAAAAAAAGCCAGCUGCUGGUGUACGAGGUUCUGGUGCUAAUAAACGACAGAAAACCAACAAAAACAGCUAGCAAACAUACUGAUCUAGAACACGAAACAGUUUACAAGAUCCCUCGGAUAGAGGAUGGAAGAACUUUGAGGCGAUGAAAUAUCAAACUAGAUUGAAAUGACUCAUGCUGCUUCAUCGAAGAUGGAUUCUUGGCAUUACAACGGUUGCUGCUGUUGCCGGAAGAUAUCAACAAUGUGUCGAUGCACAGAUCAUACUAUAUAUGGUGCAAUUCGGCGUGUAUAAUCUCUUCCUUCUGCUCUGGAACUUAAUGCCAAUCAAGUUUUGUUGUAUUUUGGUCACAGUUUAGUUUCAAUUUUGUACUUUGAUUAUAAGAUGGCAAUCUUAUAUGCACCUGUAUCUCCCAGUUGUUGUUGGGAACAUGGACAUAUACUUUUAGAACAGUGAACAAGUAAAAAUGGACGAAGAAAAUAUUACUAUUUAAUGAUCGUUUUCUUUUUUUGAUUCUUCA